AUGAAGUCUCGCUACACGAAGGCGAGGUUCAUUCUAAGCAAGAUUGCCAAAAAUGAACUCGCUGGAGCGACUGACGAGCGCGACGCGGCUGACAAAUUAAAAUACCAGCAGGUGGUUAAGGAGUACGAAGACUUCUUAUCCAAAAAACCCAAAGAGGACGACAAGAAAAAAGGCGAUGCGAAGAAGAGAAACAGGUCACAGGACGUGAUCGACCAGGCACCGAAGAGACCUAAGGUGUCCAGCAGCAUCGAAGAAACGAAGCAACGACCGUUCAGUGAGGUGGUUAAGGAUAACCUCCUCUAUGCACUAAUCGACGAAACCACAAACAGUGGCAAAGUGGUCCUGCAGAAGUGGGGGCAAGUGGAGGCCAAAAUGUCCAAGCUCGUGCUAGACAAGCAUGUGGUUGGAGCACAGGGCGGAACUCUCCCUUCCUUCGAUUCUGCAGGAGUACUUCGCGGCUGUAGAGUUAUCAAGUGCGACGACGACUGGUCAAGGGUUGUCCUAGAAAAGUGUGUUGCUGAGAUCAACAGCACACUGGAAGGCUUAAAACUCAAGCUUAUUCCGGCCAAGGACAUCCCUUGCCCUCCUCGCGCUCGCAUUUGGCUACCGGUGAUGGACUUGAGCGGUGCAGAAGUGCUGAAAUAUCUGAAGUCACACAACCCUGCGGUGCCGAUGGACGACUGGGCAAUCGUGAAGGCAGAAAAACCGCAAACGAGCAGCAUGUCAUUCGUUCUGCAGAUCAACGAUGUGCCUGCCAAUAUUAAAACAACACGACAACAAAAUGCGGUUUGGUCUGAGAAAGGCCAAACUGAAAAUUUUCAAAGCAGACAGCAAUGA